AUGGACUUGUUGUGGCUCAACCAAUUUGCAGUCCUCCUCUGGAAAAAUUUCGUUUUAAAGAAAAGGAAGAUACUUUCUUUAGUUGUGGAAAUCUGCAUGACAGUCUUCUUCUCUCUAUUGAUUUUGCUUUAUCGCAGCAAUAUAAAGAAGACGUUUCACAAUGUCACGGUUUUCCGUCCUUUGCUUUUGAUGUCCCCGCCUGAUUUCAUGUUUAAGGGGAACCUUGAAUAUGAAUUAGCUUAUGUGCCUUCCAAAAGUGAUGUGGUAAAAAAUAUUACUGAGAUGGUGAAAAACACAUUAAAUAUCAAUUUUACAGUUCGAGGCUUUUCUUCAGAAGCACAGUUUGAGAAGUAUGUUGAAUAUGAAAAGAAGCCUAUGGUUCGUGUGGUGGCUGCUGUUGUAUUUGAUCAUGACUUCAAAAAUAGCGAUGACCGUUUGCCACUUCAGGUAAAAUAUCAUCUGCGUUUUGGUGCAGGUACUGAGAGAACUUCGGAUUUGCUAAGCUCCUUAGUAGAUACUGGAUGGAAUACACACAUUCUGUUUCCAGAGGUACCUUCUAUAGGACCCAGGAACCCAUUAAAGGAUGAUGGGGGAGAUCCUGGGUACAUCAAAGAAGGGUUCCUGUUUUUGCAGCAUAUCAUAGACCAGGCCAUCAUGACAUACCAUAACGGCGAAGCUGCAAAACAAAUGUUAAAUGGUGCCAUCAUUUUGCUUAAUAGGUUUCCAUACCCUGCUUAUUAUAUGGAUCCUUUUUGGUUUAAUUUUUCAGAUCUCUUCCCUUUGAUAGUUAUACUUGCAUUUUCUCUAACUGAACUUACCCUCAUCAGGACCAUUGUUUCAGAAAAGGAAAAGAGAUUAAAGGAGUACCAGCUCAUGAUAGGACUCAGUAAUGCUAUGCUCUGGGCUUCCUAUUUUGUCUCAUUCUUUCUGAUGUUUUUAAUUAUCAUCUGUUUACUGUGCGUGAUUUUAUUUGUCAAGAUUGCACCUGAUGUAGUCAUCCAGUACAGUGACCCGUCUCUUGUCUUCGUCUUUUUCCUGUGCUUUGUCAUCACCUCUAUAUUCUUCGGCUUUCUGAUUUCCACACUCUUUGAUACAGCUACUUUGGCUGUGUCUGUUGGAGGUUUCCUCUAUUUUCUCACCUUCUUUCCAUAUGUAUUCGUGCAAACCAUGUAUACACAAAUGGCCCUCACCGAGAAGCUGGUUUUCUGUCUCCUUUCAAAUGUUGCAGUAGCUUUGGGGGUUAAUAUUAUAAGCCAGAUGGAAAUGAAGCAAUAUGGUGUCCAGUGGGAUAACAUCCAGUCACCAGUGAGCCCAGAUGAUGAUCUUAGUUUUGUUCAUAUUAUGGGAAUGCUUUUAUUUGAUGCUUCCUUGUUUGGCCUUAUGGCCUGGUAUAUGGAUGCUGUCUUUCCAGGGAGGUAUGGUGUGCCCAAGCCAUGGUAUUUCUUUGUGCAGAAAUCCUACUGGUUUGGUAAAGCUUUAAGCGUUAAGUAUAAAGAAGAUAAACAAAUUAUUGACACAAUUAGAAGUGAUUAUUUUGAAGAAGAGCCUGUUGAUUUGGUGGCUGGUAUUAGGAUUCAACAUCUAUACAAGGAAUUCACAGUGGAGAAGAAUACCAUCGUAGCAGUAAAAAACUUAACUUUUAAUGUAUAUGAAGGUCAAAUCACUGUUCUUCUGGGACCUAAUGGAGCAGGAAAGACUACCACCUUAUCGAUUCUUACAGGUUUGACUCUUCCUACAAGUGGAAAGGUGUAUGUUAGUGGAUAUGAUAUCUCAAAAGACAUGGUUCACGUCAGGAAUGACUUGGGCUUUUGCCCCCAGGAUGACAUAUUGUUUUCAGAAUUGACAGUAUCAGAACAUCUCUAUUUCUACUGUGUGAUAAAAGGAGUACCUCCAGAGAUACGUGCCACAGAAGUUAAUAACGUGCUGACUUCUUUUGAUCUGCUGGAAAAGCGUGAUGCACUUGCACAGUCACUGAGUGGAGGAAUGAAGCGCAAACUCUCUAUUAUUAUAGCACUUAUAGGAGGCUCCAAGGUGGUGAUACUUGAUGAGCCAACAUCUGGCAUGGACCCAGUUUCGAGAAGAUUCACCUGGAGUGUCCUUCAGCAGUAUAGAUAUGAUCGUACCAUCUUACUGACCACCCAUCACAUGGAUGAAGCUGAUGUCCUGGGUGACCGUAUAGCCAUCAUGGUCAAGGGAUCCCUUCAGUGUUGUGGCUCUUCAAUUUUCCUGAAAAGAAUAUAUGGUGUGGGAUACCACAUAAUUAUGGUGAAGGAACCUCAUUGUAAUGUUAAAGAAAUUAUUGAAGUGAUUAAUCAACAUAUACCUGAGGCCAGAUUGGAGAGCGAUGUUGCAGCUGAAUUAUCAUUUAUCUUACCCAAAAAGUACACACACAGGUUUAAAGACCUACUUACUGAUCUGGAAAACAGGCAGAAAGAGCUGGGCAUUAGUAGCUUUGGUGUCUCAAUUACUACCAUGGAAGAAGUUUUCCUUAGGGUCAUUAGGGAGGAUGAGGAAGCUUUCCAGACCCCAUCCCUAAAGGAGAAAAACAGAAAAGAAGACAUGAACCAGAAUAUGAAUGCUUCUGGAAGUUUUGAGAGAUCAUACUCUCCUACUGCAAGUGAACACUCUAAUAUUAGGUUUAAUACUGGGUGGUCUCUUCACUGUCAGCAGUUCUAUGCCAUGUUCAUAAAGAGGGCUAUGUUCUCCUGGCGCAACUGGAGUUUGUUGUUGAUGCAGAUACUGGGACUUCUGGGUGUUGUUUAUUUUCUCAUGAAAGGAAUGGAGAUUUCAAGAAAUAAAAUUGAACCUGCCAGGGAAAUGGAUUUGGAACAAUAUGGUCAAACCACUGUGCUUUUCUCAGAUGAUAACCAUUCUGAUUUUUCUCAGAAUUUAACAAAAAUUCUUGAUAUCAUGCUAAAGGCUAAGAAACAAAAACUUCAGGAAGUGAAAGGUGACUUACAGACAUACUUGCAGGACAGUCAAGAAUGCAUUUACUCGUGCAUUAUCGCAAUUUCCUUUAGGGAUGAAAAGGUAGUUACCCUUUGGUUCAACAACAUGGCAUACCAUUCACCACCAUUAUCCCUGGCAGUAUUUGACAAUCUUCUUUUUAUGGCACUUUCUGGCCCUGAUGCUUCAAUUACAGUCUCCAACAAACCUCAGCCUCAAAAUAUUGUUUCUAAAAAACUUGAGGGAAGAAAAAUGACAGGACAGCAGGUAGCCUUGAAUUUGUUUUUUGGUGUGAGUAUUUUUGUCAGUGGCUUUUGUCUUCUGACAGUGACUGAGAGAAUCAAUAAGGCAAAGCACAUCCAGUUUGUGAGUGGGGUCUCUGCUAUUAAUUUCUGGCUCUCUGCUCUGCUGUGGGACUUCAUGAUCUACUUCAUUGCCUGCUGCUUACUCUUGGUGGUGUUCCUGUUAUCUGGAUUGGAUGAACUGACCAAGAAUUACCGCUUUCUAGACACAUUGAUCAUCUUCAUGCUGUUUGGCUGGUCUGUCAUUCCCUUCACGUACCUGAUAAGUUUCCUUUUUUCUAGUCAUACCAGUGCCUACAUCAAGCUUGUGAUGUUAAACUACUGUGCAGGAGUUUUCGGCAUAGUACUGGAGGUAGUAAUAACUACAACGUCAGGACCUGAUUCUGAGAGCCUUCUACUUGACUCAUUGAUGGUGUUACCCAUAUAUAACUUUGGGAUGAGCAUCAGUAAAUAUUUUCAUAACCAAAAUACAAGGCUGCUGUGUUCCUCAAAAGACGUUCCUGCCUUUGUAAAUUGUAGUAAAGCAAUAACUCAGAUGAAUGUAUAUGGUUUGGAAAAAGAUGCAAUAGGAAAAUUUUUAAUUGCGAUGGCUGUUUUGGGAUUUAUUUUCUUCGUCUUGAUUUUCCUUAUGGAGACCACCUCAUGGAAAGUGAAAACCUUUGUGUUUCGCUAUAUUUUCUUUGGUAUCUACAAGAAAUUUAAUAAGGAAAUAGUGUCCACAGAAUUAUCUGGGGAAUCUGAAGAUGAUGAUGUGCAAUAUGAGAGAAACAGAAUCCUGGAGCAACCUCAGGAAUCCCUGAAUUUCACAGUACUUAUUAAGGAACUCACAAAGAUAUACUUUACAUGUCCAGCUGUUUUGGCUGUCAGAAAUAUCUCCCUUGGAAUCCAAAAGAAGGAAUGCUUUGGAUUGCUUGGAUUAAAUGGAGCUGGAAAAACUACUACCUUCAAAAUAUUGACUGGAGAAGAGACUGCUACCUCUGGGGAUGUGUUUAUUGAGAACUUAAGUAUCACCAAAAAUCUUCUAGAGGUCAGGUCAAAAAUUGGCUAUUGUCCACAGUUUGAUGCUUUGCUGGAUUACAUGACUGCCCGGGAAAUUAUGGUCAUGUAUGCCAGGUUGUGGGGGGUUCCUGAGACCCAGAUUACACAAUAUGUGAAUAAAUUGUUGCAGUCACUGAAUCUGGAACUCUAUGCUGACACGUUUAUUUACACUUACAGUGGAGGAAACAAACGUAGACUGAGUAAUGCCAUUGCCCUAAUGGGAAAGCCCUCAGUCAUCUUCCUGGAUGAGCCAUCAACCGGCAUGGACCCAGUGGCCAGGCGUCUGCUCUGGAACACAGUAACAAGGGCACGUGAAAGUGGCAAAGUCAUCAUCAUUACCUCUCACAGCAUGGAAGAAUGUGAUGCCCUCUGUACCAGGCUGGCUAUCAUGGUGAAGGGAAAAUUCAUGUGCCUGGGUAGCCCUCAGCACCUCAAGAACAAGUUUGGCAAUGUUUACAUUCUGAAAGUUAAGUUCAAGAUGGAUACAGAUGAGAAUGAAUUAAAGGAUUUUAAAACCUACAUUGCAACAGUUUUCCCAGGUAGUGAAUUAAAACAGGAGAGUCAAGGGAUUCUUAACUACUACAUUCCCAGAGAGGACAAUGGCUGGGGAAAGGUGUUUGGUAUUUUGGAGGAAGUUAAAGAGAAAUUCAGUUUAGAAGACUAUUCCAUCAGUCAGAUAACGCUGGAACAAGUCUUCCUGAACUUUGCUAACCCAGAGAACAAAGGAGGUGACUGA